AUCAAUAUCAACGAUGAAACAAUGCUCUAGCCUUUGCGCUGCAGACAAGGUUGCAACUUAGACCAACAGAGUAUUAUUUCUAUUGAGUAAUUAGAGGCCCUUGAAGUUUACCUGCUUCUCCCACUCGGUUUUUAAAUGUUGGAAAAAUGUAUAUAAUAGUGAUUUGGCGGAAACAGAAUCAAGCAUUCGGCUUCACACCACUAAAAAACAAUUUAGGGUUUUUUCAGUGUAGUUAUUUGUCGGAUUCAAGAUGCAGAUGAUACACUGGAUAAUGUUGCUGAAUAUUUCAGGAAUCAUGGCAUAUACCAACUUUGCCGAUAUCGAAUGUGGACAUCACAAAACAGCUCGGAAUGCUAAAAUUGUUGGUGGUGAGAACGCCGAAAAAGCUGAAUUUCCAUGGCUGGUCUCCAUCACCAGAAGAGGAGGCCAUUUUUGUGGCGGAACAUUGAUAAGCAACAGAUUUGUAUUGACUGCUGGGCAUUGUCUAUGCACAGGUAUUGGACUAGACGUCCUGAGGGCAUCCAGCAUCAAGAUCACCCUAUCUCAACACGACCUUUCAAAGAAUUCCGAGGAUUCCUAUGAACGCAGCAUUAAGAAGGUGACAAUACAUCCAGAUUACGUUUGUAAUAAGCCCAACAACGAUAUUGCUCUUUUGGAAAUUGGAGAAAAAUUGAUGUGGUCUGGAAGUGUUGCUCCAGCAUGUCUUCCUCUCUCAACUAGCACCGGUCUUGAGGAUGCUAGUUUGGAUAAUCUAUUGGCUACAGUGGCUGGAUGGGGCUGGACUAACGAACUGAGUUCUAAAGGAGGACGUGCAAAAAUUCUGCAAAAGGCAAAAGUCAACGUCAUCGAGAAUGGACAAUGCCAAGCUUGGUACAAAUCUCAAGGAAAAAAGACGAAAAUCCAAUUGUCUCAGAUUUGUGCUGGUCACGAACAAGGAGGAAUUGAUGCUUGUUGGGCUGACAGUGGUGGUCCUCUCAUGAUUGGAGGUGAAAAUUCCAACCAGAUGGUAGUGGUAGGCGUAGUAUCCACUGGAAUUGGAUGUGCCAGACCAUUUCUGCCAGGGCUGUACACACGAGUAUCCCAGUUCAUACCCUGGAUCAAAAAAGUGAUUAAUUAUUGAAAGAGUCGAGACUGACAAGAUUUUUUAAUGUGAUUUGUUUAGUUUGCUGUGAUUUUAAUUCUAUUCAGAUCGUUUUUGGAUCUAUCUUGUAUUUUAUUAUAUUGUAUCAAUAUUAGAUGAAUAAAUAAGGAAAAAAUUCA